GCCUCAGUCCCGUGUAUCUAUAAAGGCUGGCGAAGAUACGACAUACCGAGCAUUAUUCAGGUAACUACACAAGUCUCAGCAACACCCCUCACCCCGAUUCCAGUUCGCAACCGCUCUAUUCUGUCAAGAUGCAGAAGACAUCAUCCCUUGCGGUCAAAUACAUUGGCUCGACGUCAAAACAGUCCAUUCCGGCAGCUUUCCAGGCAGCCACCAACAAGGCAAGCGAGACUAUUGAGAAGAAGUACCCAAAGGUUCAGGACGCAAAGAUACAGGGCGCCCAACCUCACAAAUCAUCGAAGGACCCAAAUGACCCAAAGCAAGUCAUUACCAUCAGUUAUCACACGGCGAAGGGCACACGAGUCACCUCGGUUCACGUGCAUGACGAUAACACAUUCGUUGAGUUUCCAUCUCGCAAUGCAGGGAAGGGAAAGUGAUUGUGAAUGAUGCAAUUGAGUGGCUAGGCGACAGCGGCGUGAUUUCUUGUAUGGGGGGUUUUCUGUCACCAACGACCCGGACAACUUGCAUAGUGAGCUUACUUCGUAUAGUCCUCCACGGGCAUCUGAAACAUCAUUAAAAGC